AACAAAAGGAAAGAAAACGAGACAACGGCCGGGAGAGGAGUGACCGGCAUCCUUUAAAAAAAGGAUGCGAUGGGAAGCAAAAGGGAAGGAUAACAUGACAGCAGAUGACUGCAGCUUAAAUGAGUCUGCUGAGCUUCCGAGUCAGGCUCGCAAGGUUAGGGGGUGACUCACCCGGCCCUAACCGCGUUGGACCUGAUGGUCUCGACCAUGGGCGCCAGACGAUCGCCCAAAGGGGCCCGGAUGGCGCCAUUCCACGGCAAAACACGCUGAAAUUUGAAUCGUGCGCGAUUACGGGCUUCUCUAUGGCGAAUCGGAGUCUUCUCGAGCUUUCCUGCCGACUCUUCCUGUCUUUGUUUUUCGUAGGGCUACCGCUGGGCAUCGACUCUAAACGCGGAGUUCUCUUGCUUCUCCCCGUUUUUGGAAUUUUUUCUUUUUUUUUUUAUUAUUAGGUCAUAAAGUGGACAUAUUAUUCUAUGAAUCACAGACCAAGUAAGGAAAAAAAAAGUUUCAAUAAUGUAC